AUGAGUGAUCCAAUUUCUCCAAUUGUUUCCCAUCCACUCAUCAUAAGUAUUGCAAGCGCCAUCGUCCUCUGUGAUAUCCCUUUUCUUCUUCUGAUCUUUGUCAAUCGGCAUUUGCGAAAGCAAAAAGAGUUGAUCAUCGUUGGAUUUGUGUGCAUUGCGGAUACGGCUCAUGCAUUGGGAACCCUUCUUGCCGGAGUUCUGCGAUUGUGGCUCUUUUUAAAUGAUCGUCUCUGUGAUUAUCAAUUAAUGGGAUCCGCCACAUUGGUUGUCGCUUUUGAUCGAUUCAUUGCUGUGACAAAACCCGUUCAUUACCGUGCGCUGGAUGAGCGCUUCACUUUUGGGGUGAUGGGAGGGGCUCUGAAUGUUCUUUUGAUCACUUUGCAACAUGAUGAGGUUUUAAACGUUUUAAGAGCAAAGUUUAAAAGGACACGAGAGGGAGCAAAGAUUGCAAGCUCGGUAAUUCCUUCAACGGCAAGUCGAUCAUCAAAGGGACAUGGUUAUGUUGAAGGAUCC